CCCACCCACUUUGCCGACCCAACAAAAACACACAAACGCAAACACACUUUAAACUGUGUGUAUUAAAUCAACCAAUUGCUGCUGGGUUUAAGUUUUCCAAGAAGAAAACAAAUAGUACACGCCUCUUGUUGAUUGAUCAAAAUCAGAUAAUUAUAAAAGAAUUGAAAAGAAAAGAUGUCACAAAGUGGUGUUGGGGGUGGAAAGUUAAUGCCAAAUCUGGAUGAAAACAGCACAAAGAUUCUGAAUCUGACAGUUCUUCAAAGAAUGGAUCCUUAUAUUGAACAGAUCUUGAUCACUGCUGCUCAUGUUACUUUUUAUGAAUUCAAUGUUGAACUUAAUCAAUGGAGUCGCAAGGACGUUGAAGGGUCUCUCUUUGUCGUCAAGAGGAACACUCAGCCAAGGUUUCAAUUCAUAGUAAUGAAUCGUCGAAAUACAGAAAACCUUGUGGAGAAUCUGCUUGGAGAUUUUGAGUUUGAACUUCAAGUUCCAUAUCUUUUGUAUCGAAAUGCUUCUCAAGAAGUCAAUGGUAUUUGGUUUUACAAUACGCGUGAGUGUGAGGAUGUUGCAAACCUCUUUACAAGAAUUCUUGGUGCAUAUUCAAAGGUUCCCCCCAAGCAGAAAGUGAACAAAAGCGAAUUUGAGGAACUUGAAGCAGUACCUACUUCUGCUGUAAUUGAAGGACCAUUGGAGCCAGGGUUGACUACCUCACGCACUACAGAUGUACCCGAGGAUACUUCAUUUGUAAACUUCUUUAGUACUGCUAUGAAUUUGGGACAUAACACCUCGAUUCCUGUUACUUCCAUGCAACCCUAUCAUAAUUCAACAACAAUUCCAUUAUCUUCCCGAGAUGCACCUUCUCCUGUGGUGAAUAAUCCACCAUUACAGAUCCCCUCAUCUGCCCCAUCAAUGCCACCCCAUGACAAUGUUGAUCCGCUCAACAUGAGCAAUCAUUUGACCAAUCUUAUCAAGCCUCUUUCUUUCUUUACACCCGCCUCUUCUUCUUCUACAUUAAUGAGACAGCCUUCUUCAUCUGUGCCAGUUCCCGCUCUUCAGCCACCACUAAAUGUACAAAGAAAUGUUGGUAUUCCCUUGCUUCAACCUUUUCCACCACCCACUCCGCCACCAUCUCUCACCCCUGCUUCCACUUCUGGUCCAUAUUACGGACCAUUGAGCAGAGAAAAAGUUCGAGAGGCGCUUGUACUGCUUUCACAGGAUAACCAAUUCAUCGACAUGUUCUACCAAGCCUUACUGAAAGUGCAUCAAUCAUAACAUAAGUGAAGAACUUUCACCUGUAGAUCAAAGUUAUUAUAAGAUUGGCUUUGCAUAUAGACCCAAAUCACCAAAAGCACAUUCUGUUCGUAGUCAUGAAAUAACAUUUUCACCAGAUAGUUUGAUAAAUGUGUCACAUAGAACAGUUGGAUACUGUAAGAUUUGAAGUCCUUUGUUUUGUUAAUAUUUUUGCUUGAAAUACUAUAGGUUUAUUAUGGUUGUAAUGUUUUUUUAAGUUUAUAGCUAAGGGACAUUUGUUUUUUC